AUGAUCCAGGAAAACCAGGGGCGCCCAGCUGAAGCAGAAACCAACAGGCACAGGCAGCAGCAACCUCAUGCAAAAAAGCAGAAAAAGAUGCCCAAAAGGAGAGUUGCCCAUAGCAGAAACAACCAGCUAAAACAAACACCAACAGAAAGCAGCAACAGGGAACAGAAAAACCAAAGCCUCAACAAGAGAAUAGCAAAACCAGCAGCAGGUGGCAGAGAGAACAUAUGCAGCAAAGCAGUAACAAAGGAAGCAAAGAUGGCUUUAAUCCUUCAAGACAAGGAUCCAAAGGAAAAACCAACAGAUCACAACGGUAUAGAGAAUGUCAUUAUGAACUUGGGGAGGCAGCCAUUCAGAAACAACAUCAAGGUUCCAUCCAUCUUCAUUCCAUAG